UCAUUACCCUCUCACUCACCCAUUGCCUUCUCUCUCUCUUACGAGCGCCUCCAUGGCGGCCAAAACAACCAUGAACGGAGGCGCCGCCGAUGCUAGGGUUUCGAUUCCGACCCACCAUCGGAAGGUAAUUCAAGAAAUCAAGAAGACUCUAGGAUUUAAGCACAGCGACGAGUUCAUCCACGCAACACUCAAUGACUGUGAUAUGGAUCCUAAUGAAGCUGGCUGGAGGUUGAAGAUGAUCCAUGAUAUCAGAGAGAUCGCUGGAAAGCAUAGCGUAGAGGAUGUGUAUAUAAUGCUUAAGGACUGUAACAUGGAUCCUAACGAAGCUGCUCAGAGGCUUUUAUAUAUCGAUACUUUUCACGAGGUUAAAAAGAAACAUGAUAGGCGAAAACCUAUAAGCAGUGAUACAUCUGAAGAGCAUAAACGGACACGGGGUAAUCAGUGGCAGGGAGCUAAGGGUGGGAGAGGGACUUUCUACUCAUCGAAAGUUUUUGAUGAUGUUGGAGGUGGAAGGACUUUGAGUUCAGGGAAGGAUAAUGGUGUUGCUAAUCCCCCAGAGAGGGUUUCAGGGGUGACACCGUCAGUUCAUUCCGGAAAAGAAAACAAUGGAGCACUUGUGGCGAAUUCUGCUGCCAAUGCUAACGGUACAGUGCCUAUAUCCAAUGGGAGUUACAUUAAUAAACUUGCACCAGAACUGUCUCCAGAUGUCUCAUCCUCUACUUCAGAUCCUGUUGUGAUUCCAUAUGAGAACACCCAUCACACUUGUGCAGUGGGUACCAUAAAAUGCGAGAUUACAAAACGUAGUGGCUCUAGUAAAUCAAAUGCCAAACUCCCAGCUGGGAUCAAGUCCAGUGUUGAUCAAGUAGUUGCUGGUGUCGCAGAAGCUGUAGAUUCUGACAGCACAAGUCAGCCACAAUCCAAUGUAGUUGAAAAGAAUCAGAUGUCAGAUGUUUUGCAGCCUCUUUCAGUGUCAACCAACAAAGGUUCACAUGUUGUCAAUCCCAAUCAGGAUAAUCAGCCGUCUCGAUUAUUAAACGAGCCUCCAAAAGUUACUGCCUCUGAGCACAUGAAUGUGGCCAUCAACAAUGCUCAUUUGGUUCCUGGAGCAGAAUCUGAGUUGAAACGAUCAGAUCCAAAGCUUGAUGUGAUGUUAGAGAAGUUGACUCUUUCAUCUCAUCAACCUGUUAUUUUCCCUGAUCAUUUUGAAGUCCCUGAAAACUUUAGAAGUCAGUUCACAUUUGGAAGUUUGGAUGCUACUCCUGAUGAUUGCAGACCUCUAUCUGUGAUUGAAGCUACUCAGCCAAAUGGAGAAGUUGUUACAGAACCAUCUUCGAGUAACGAAAAUGUUGCCAAAACAGCUCAGGAAGGUGAAGUUCAAGAUCAUCCACUACCACAUCUCUCCGAACAUGCAUUGCCUUCAAAAGAUGACAUCUCGUCUCAUCCUGCUAUAAAACAUGAGCAGACAAAGCUGGAGGCGAUGCCCCCUAUAGGAGGAUUUCAGAACCCAGUUCUUCAAGCUUCCAGGGACUACCCUUUUGGGUUUAUGCCGCAUUUGGUGGGUCCACAUUUUGUACAACUUGAUGUACCUGAGCUCCAGAGUGGGAGUUCUCAAGUUGCAUCUGCAUUGGGCUCGACUCCUGUGGCGCAAUCUACAACGACGGGCCAAAGUUCUAUGGCGUUAUCUCCCCCUCUCUUUCCUUAUUUCAGACAACCUUAUCCAAACUACAUUCCUUAUAAUCCAUAUUUUCCACAUAUGUAUUUGCCACAACAUGCUCACCUUUUGAACCAUGGUAUAUUCCCUCAGCAACCACCUACGGGAAAUAUAUACAUGCAUCCGGCAGCGGCGGGGGUGAAAUUCCCGGUUCCAUCACAGUACAAACAAGGGAGUAAUGCAGGAAGUUUGACCCAUGUUGGUGUUUCAUCUGGAUACGGUUCAUAUGGCUCAUCAGUCGGUUAUGAUGCCUCUGUGACCCCUGGGAGUUCUGCUAAUGAAGAUCUUACUGCGUCUCAAACCAAAGAUAACGAUCUUCAUUCAGCUCAACAGGGUGAUGAUCCACAAGUUUAUGCUCCUGCAGCCGAUCGCGAUACACCCAAUCUACUGCCUAAUUAUUUCUACAACUUCCCUCAACCACAACACAUGGCUUUCUCACUGUUACAAGCUGGCAUUUAUCAUUCUUCACCAAUGACCGCCCAAACCACCGUACAACCACCUGUGUAUCCACCUCAGUCUACAGGCGGCACAGUUGAACCCAUGGUGUCACCGCCACCCAGCUCUUACCAACAGCCUCAGAGUAACUGGAACACCGCCUUACUGAAUAGAGAGACCAGUUGAUUGUAGGUUUAUUGUUUCGUAUUCAGGUUUAUUUUUGGAAAGGAGAAAAUAGAAUAUAUAUUUGGCCUGACCUGAGUGUAUAUAUACAAAGCGGGGCCCCUGUGAUUUUCAAUGCGGAGAGCAUUUUCGACCGACUCACAUUCUGUUAGGUUGCUGCAUUUCAUGUUAUUUUCUUGGAAGUUAUCUUGUUGAGCCUUUUUUGAAGUCAUAGAGAGAGGAAUUCAGGAAGGGGCCUUUUG